UCUCAAGUUUAUGUAAAUACUGUAUGUGUCUUUCUGCAGAUUUACAAGCCGGUGGCAGCCUCACCUUGCCUUCAUUGGUCCAGACCUCCCUUCAGCACCGAUCACGGCAGAUGCUUCAUAAUGAAAAUACGCAGAAAUCAACGUUGGGAUCAGAGAUACGAGCCUCUGUUAAGGAAAGGUCUGUUGUAAAACAAACAAGUAUAGAUAUAAUCAACACUCAACUACAGGUAAUAAAUUCUGCAAAUUUGUUUGUCUGCCAAAAGUGGAGGAAAGAUUUUAGACACAAAGCUAAAUACAAAGCUAGUAAGUUGAGCCAUUUGAGACAGAAGGUGUAUUGUUGUUCUGAAUGUGGCAAACGGUUUUCCUCCAGUGGCCAUCUUCACACCCACACAAGAGUUCACACCGGAGAGAAGCCAUAUUGUUGUUCGGAAUGUGGGAAGCGGUUUUCUGACAAUGGGCAAUUUCAGAGACAUGCAAGAGUUCACACUGGAGAGAGGCCAUACAGUUGUCCCGAGUGUGGCAAACGAUUCAAGUACAGUCGCAGUCUUCAGAUCCACUCAAGACUUCACACUGGAGAGAAGCCAUACUGCUGUUCAGAAUGUGGGAAACGGUUCCCACAGUUAAGUAAUCUUCAGUGCCACACAAGAGUUCACACAGGAGAGAAACCCUAUUGUUGUUCUGAAUGUGGUGCACGAUUCUCCACCAGUGGGCACCUUCAAAUCCAUAAAAGAAUACAUACAGGAGAAAAGCCCUAUUGCUGUUCUGAAUGUGGUAAGCGAUUCUCUGACAACAGGCAAUUUCAGAGACACAGCAGAGUUCACACUGGAGAGAGGCCAUACUGUUGUCCUGAAUGUGGAAAACAAUUCAAAUACAGUAGCAGUCUCCAUAAACACAAAAGACUUCACACUGGAGAGAAGCCAUACUGCUGUCCUGAGUGUGGCAGACAGUUCUCACAAUUGAGCAAUCUUCAGAGCCACACUAGAAUUCACACGGGAGAGAAGCCAUACUGCUGUUCUGACUGUGGCAGAGGAUUUGCAACCAGUGGGCAUCUGCAGAGCCAUGUUCGAACGCACACUGGAGAGAAGUCCUAUUGCUGUUCUGAGUGUGACAAACAAUUCUAUGAUGAAAGUGGUCUUCGGAGACACACAAGAAUUCACACCGGCAAGAAGUCUUUCUGCUGCUCCGAAUGUGGCAAGGGAUUCUUGCGCCGGAGCAAUCUUCAGAGACACACACAAAUUCAUACGGGAGAGAAGCCAUACUGCUGUUUUGAAUGUGGCAAAGGGUUUUCCACCAGUGGGCAUCUUCGGAACCACACAAGGACUCACACGGGAGAGAAGCCGUAUUCUUGUUCUGAUUGUGGCAAGGGAUUCUCUGACAGAAGAUGUCUUCAGAAGCACUCAAAAAUUCACAUUGGAGAAGAGCAAAAAUAAUUGAGUAAUUAAAUCCUAUAAGGAGCAAAAUCUUCAGUGAUCUACAAAAACUAACAUAUUAACUUGUGAGGACCUGAUCCUCUGAGCGGUAAAUGACAAACUCUGAAUUCCGUACAGAGUACAAACAUUAGGGAGCAAAAAACAGAAACAUGGAAGCUAUUUAGAGCAGUGG